CCGAAACGUCGGCUUUUAACGUCAAUAUUCGCUUGUUAUUGCGUAUGUAAGAGAAAUUUGUAAAUCUCUCAUGUUCAAGUUUUGCACGCAUGUGAAUGUCUUUUGACGCCAAAAAUGUUAUACAAUGAAAGAUUGUGCGGAAUUUUAUUGUCGUUCGCAAAUCGUUGAAAAAUUCUCUCUAAAAUUGUCGCUGUGCAUUGCUAACCUCGAAAGGUUGAUACAGACCCGUUUCAUGUUUUUUGUUCUUCUCCGAGUCUCUUUGUUCAACCAGCUGAUUCAGCUGCUGCAUGCUUAAUUUACAAAUCUCUUAGCUAGAGGCCCGGCAAAAAACUUGAGCUCGAAAUUUGGUAGAAUUAUCUUCCUCAUCGCUGGAAGAAUUAUUAGAUUUUUUCAUAUUUUAGGGAAAAAAAAUAGGAAUUAUGUUUUGAAAAGUGGCAACCGUCCGCUGACAUCGAUGAAAAAAUUGCCGUGAAAAAGUACAAAUAAACAAACUGGCGUCAGCGUAAAUGGAUCGUGCGUAUUAGCCAGUCAGAACGCGCGCUUCACUAAGGCUUUGUUAUAAAUCUAUAUAUUAUGCAUGACCCACAAACAGUUGUAAUUGUCAUUUAUAAGUUUUCACUACAAAUACUUCACGGCCAGAGCUUUUGUUUUGCAGUUAGAGCUUCGAGAGUUUGCGAUGAAUCGGAUGAAGAAACAUUUUUUGUGGCUGUUAUUCUUCACCGCCGUUGUGCUUGUUUGGUUCAUUUACAAUGAAUCAAUGUACCAAAAUAAUUUUGAAAUCACUGUUCUGAGACAGACAACAUUGCCACGAAACGAGCCUCAAAUGGUAUUGAUUUACACCAGUUUUAAUGGUCGUUUGCCGUGGCCAGGGCUGAAAAAUUCUCAAGACUUCACUCAAUUUAAAGGCCAGAAAUGCCGGGAAACCAACUGCAAGCUAAGUUAUGACAAGCGAGACUUCACGAAUAGCAAGGUCGUGAUUUUUCAUUCGUAUAACAUGCCUUCUCGAAAAGAAAUGUUUGAUCUCCAACAAAGAAGACCGCAAGAUCAAAUCUGGGUUUAUUUCACGCUCGAAAACCCAAUCGUGACGUCAUACAUCGCCCCUCACAAGAAUCGUCGUGAUCUGGACAACGUUUUCAAUUGGACAAUGAAUUAUAUGCGAGAUUCGGACAUCUACCAUCCAUAUGGCUUUUACUUGCCUUUAAACCACAGUGAAUUUACCCCGCUGAGCAGCAGUAUAAAUCAUGCGAAAGGCAAGAGUAAGCUUGCAGUAUGGACUUGUAGUGGUCACGGACAAAUUGUCAAUGAAAGAAAACUUCGAGUUCUGUAUGUACGUCAACUUAGGAAACACAUACCAAUAGAUGUAUACGGCAAGAGUGCAAUAUAUUUUCAUCAACCAAGUUUGAAGGAGACGUGCAUUAAAGAUAAAGCUUAUGCAACUCCAGACUGCAGAUCUCUUUUGCAAAACUACAAAUUUUUUCUAGCUUUCGAAAACAUGAACUGCGAAGACUAUAUCACUGAGAAAUACUGGUGCACCCCCCUUGAACUUGGUUUAGUUCCUGUAGUUAUGGGGGGAGCAGACUAUAAAGCUCUCGCUAUACCAGGUUCCUAUAUAAACGUGAUGGAUUUUCCGUCUAUUAAAAAGCUGGUAGAGUAUUUGUUGUUUCUUGAUCAAAAUGAUAACGAAUAUAAUCGAUAUUUUGAAUGGAAGAAGUAUUACAAAGUUGGCGGUUGUUUAAGACCUAAGCUGAACAUGUCAAAUAAUUAUCCUUGGAUGUGCGAAGUUUGCGCCGCUGCAGAUAACCAUUCGCUUGCAAAGAAAACCUACAGGAAGAUACAAGACUUUUAUAAUCCUGACAAACGAUGCGCCAUACAAUAUUCAAGGCUUAACGAAAUCAUCUCAGAAGCUGCGGAAAUCUCACUUAAAGAGACACUGGACCGGCAGACACCCAGACCAUCUAAAAAGACAGACGCCCUGGACACUAACAUGCUCGCACGUGGACAAACAGACACUGGUGAAAAGAAGGGUAACAAGAAAAAUCAAUAAGUAAAUGGUUUUUGGUAGCGAGAUUAGCAGGAUCUGUAAAUAGUUGGACCCCUUGUUAUGAUCAGCUGCCAUCCUUCCACCUGACGGUUACGAUGUAACCUCAACUUUCCGCCUACCUGUGUUUAUUUCAUCAAUGUGUGUGUGCGCGGCAAACUCACGUACCAAGAGUUUCUUUAUUCUAUGGACAGUGGUACUCGGGGGGUGGGGAGACUCCCAUGCAUAUGAAAAGGUCGUCGUCUCGCUUUGGGUUGUAAAUCUAGGAUUUUGGUCUCACCUAGGAUGUUCAAGACAAAACGUCACUAUUUUUAGCUGUCAAUAUCUUUUAUGGUACACUGUAAGAGAUAACAAUUAAGAAAACACUCUCAUUUCCGUGUUUAGGCUCGAAUUCCUCCGAUCUCUCGAGACCGGACCACUAGCAUCCCCGACCUUUUCAUAUGGGAGACCCCGCUGGACUGGGGAACAAGACUUGUUUUGCCUGAUGGGGUCACUUCUAAUGUUACCCGGUUGUAAUGUCCACCAGAAGCUCGUGAAAAUUCCGAUAACGAACCCUGAAAAUACCAUGCCUAAAGGCAUAACUCCAACACAGGCACAUACCAAUAACGAUUUAGUUUCCUGUAGUCUGCGUGGCCGGCGCGAUUUCGUGCGCGUGUGAUUUGUUUCCCGAAAGCAGAGUCUCAAACGAAAGAGGCAAAGUCGAGAGGAGAAUGCUGAGUAGUCAAGUUUCCUCACGGCUCUCUGUUUUGUUUCCGAAAGUCCUCGAGCGCGAAAUCCCACCGGCUACACUACGCUACGCCUGUCAUCGCUCGCAACGCAUAGACAUAUCGAGAGAAAAAUAGGAUGAGAAAGAAACUAUUUUGUAGCCUAUAGAGUAAGUAGAACUAAAUUACACAAAAUUGCGCUGCUAAUAUGGACAUUCUCGUCUUCAAAGCCGCCCGUCUCUCUUAGCCGGCGGGACGGGUGGGAGCUUCUCGGCAAUUCGUUGCCUUGCUCCGUCCUCGCGCGCCAACCGCGUACCAUAGAGAUUUUGAGAAAAUAAUAUGACGAGAGAAAAACUGUUUUGCAGCCUGUAUACCCAUUUCAUUAAUCACUGCCACCUAUAGAUUCUCUUGUAAGUAUUAAACUAGCCUUACAAACGUCGUUUUUCAGUUGAUAAUUCAAAGGAAUUCUUACUCUCAAACGAGGUUAGUGAGGCUAAUUUAAAUGCAUGCAAAAUAAUUUUAAACUGAUAGCCAUUUAUGAAAAGGGUCUAUAGUGUAAGUGAAACAAAAUUCAAAUUGCACUUCUAAUAUGGACAUUUUCGCCCUAACAGCUGCUCGUCUCUCUUUAAGAGAGCCGGCGGGACCUUGACGGGACAGCUGACUCUUACGGAUUGUUAUUAGGAGUGCACGCUGAAGACAAUAAAUAGAAAAUACCAAAACAAUUUUGGGUAAUUGAGAAGGCUGACACUGUAUUUGCUAAAGGUUUGGCUUGUUUUAAGUCAGAUGUCUAGUUUAAACACCAACUGAUGGUUAUCUAAUCUGCAGCUGAUCUUCAUAAUCACUGCAUCACUGCAUUUCUUUCCCGUAUUUAAGUCCCGCAGCAUUUUAACAUCGUUACGUAAAUUUACGAUUUUAGAAAAUUCUUGAUCGAGAUAAAAUUACAAUGGGAUUAUAAAAGUGUUAGAGAGAAAGCUAAUGAUACGGCUGAUGACUAUAAAAAACACUAAGUAAUUUUUUCAGCUAUUUUAAUUUUUCUUCUAUCAAACGGUUAAAGAGAAAGCCAAAAAUAACUGAAUUGUUCUUCGAUUUUACCUUAGGCCAUCUCUGUAAGAUGUUUCGUUUCUUGCCCGACCGACCCAAUUUAGACCUUGUUAUCUGCUAUCCUCUCUUGGGUGUUCCAAGUUUAAAAGGCUUUGUGUACAUCUUCAAGAAGCUCUGGCAAGUACACCUUUUAGAGUGAAAGUAGCUUGUGCCAAACUGCAUGGCUGUCAUGGGGAAAGUUCCCUUACAGUCAUAUAUUUUACGGUAUCUUCUGAUUAGCCGGCGAGCAGGGUUUGUUAAGGUACCUCUUUUCUCGGUUUUUCACUUUCACAACCAACCCAGUUUCACGAAAGAGAGCGCAACGAGAUACAAAGCAUUUUAUGGGAAUGAUUUUAUCUGUAAUCUAGCCAUUUGGUUAUGGCUUGUUCUAACAAACUAAUUUUGUCAUAUUUGGUCACAUUAUUAAAACAAAAUAUGCUGUUAAAAUGUGCCCUCUGUGAACUACGUUAAUUUAAAGAACAGUUUACGCUGAACAACUAGCAAUUCAAAAUUUCGCAUGGCCGUAUAAACCUAGGAUGACGUAUAGCAAGUCUGACGUUAAAUUCGGCAAAAUGAAUACGCAUAAACCCGUUCGUUGACAGAUGAGAGACUAUGGAGCAUACAACAUUAUCAGGACGCCCCCACACCAGCGAUGCAAACGUCGAUCAAUCAAUAAUUUCGCAUUUUAUGUGUAAAUAAGAGUCAUCUAGAACAGCCCUCUAACAGAAUAAUUUAUGUCAAAAUAUCUCUCCAUCCCAAAAACAAACAACAACAAAAAUCCGCGUCACUGUUUUCACCUAAUUUGGUGAUUCUUAUAACUUGUUUUUAGCGGAGGAAGGCUAAAAGAUGCACCUAAAUGUAAAACCCACGUGCAAAGUCGUUGUUCUGCUUAUUGAAUCUUUUGUUUGCCAUACGUUUUAAUUGCCUUCGUGAUUUGUGAAAGCUCUCUUGGCGGUACAUCGAAUUUUUACUUAGUGUAAUUUGUUUUUAAUUAAAGGAAAAUUCGCGAGAGGCUUCAGUUUCAGGUGUAUACUUACCUUUCGAUUCGCUGAGUCAGUUGAGAGAUGCCAUCGACGCCAUCUUGAACAAUGCGAAUGAGAGAUUACAAAGUUUGAUGGACGGUUGCACAGUUCGCUGUCGUUUCAUUAUAUGCAGUGGUAAACAGGAACACUAAAAAAUCACAGCAACAAAAUCUUUGCUUCCGUUGUACUACCACUGCAUUUCUUUUUCUUAUUUUUCACACGCAUUUU